AAGCAAUGGCAUUUUCUUUAUUUUUAGAUUAUAUUUAUAACUAGCUAAAUGCACAAUGAAUGCUAGAUCACAAGUCUUUGAAUUUACAGUUGAAUUGAGUCAAGUUGAAGAAGUUGUUUGUAGCAUAUUGCACACUCUGUUGUUUCAUCGAUCAACUGGAAAAUUUCAUUAUCAACAGCAGGGAUCUUAUACGAUUGGAACUAUUGGAUUUGAAGACGUUGAUUGUCAGUUCAUUGAUUGUACGUAUGUACGCUGCUCUAGUGAUAAGUUGCACAAAAAUGUUCAAAAACAGGCAAGACAAUUUAAAGAUGCUUUAAAAAGUAUGGAUGGCUAUAAAAAUGGACAAUUAUCACUAGAGUUUUAUCAAAAGCGCAAAAGCCCAUGGCCAUUUCCAACUGAGUCUGUUCCUUGGGAGCUUUGGGUUUUAAAGUUUGAAGUUGUGCACAUGGGAAAUGAGAAUGAACGAAAUAUACUACAUGAAAAGUUAACAGAUAAUGUAAAUGAAAAAAUACGAACAAUUUGUCAGAUUGUUAACCAACCUGAGUACAUCCCAAAAAUGCCAAAUGAACCAGACUUAACAAACGUAUUUGAUGAUCAGUAUGAUGAUGUCCAGCCAUAUCUGCACCGGGUCUCAUUUCAAACAGGGGAAUAUUCAUCCGAAAUGACGAUGGGGAAUACUAUGAGGAAACUGUUAAAAGACACAUUUAAUUAUUAAUUUUACUAUCUCUUUGUUUAUAAUUUUCUGCUGUGAUAAAAGCUCCUAGAACUUUCUUGACUGCUCGUCUGAAUGUAAAAUAAUUAAAGGUAAAAGGUAAGGUAAAAUUAAAUUCUAGGUAAACAAUGUAACUAGGGAAUAUUAACCGUAUAGUU